AUGAUGCAAGAAGCCUGGCUGGAAGGUCCAAAGUACAAGGUCUUUUUACACUACAAUCGGAUUAUUUUCCUCUCUCUUCUCGGCCUACCAGUGUGCGUGGUUGGCAGAGUCACCAGCGGCCUUAGUAUCUGCAUGUUCUUGCAAGACAAGACAACGCCCCGAACAACCCGCAUGCUCCUGAUCGUCUUAUCUCUGACCGAUGUUCACUAUCUCCUCUUCUCCUUAAUCAUUUUCCAACCAAUGACUUUUUGUGAUUAUGACCCUCCCCUACGAGGGCCUCUUCUGACCCGCAUAAUUGGCGUGCUCGCGAAUGUUCUCGAAUAUUUCAGGAAUUGGGUAGUUGAACUGAUUAGCGUGGAACGCUUCGUAGUCAUCUGUUUACCCAUUCGCAGCAAAGUGUGGUGUAAUGAAAGGCUAACUACUCGCAUGAUAGCUGCCUAUUUUGUAUUUUCACAUCUGGUUCAACUUCCUAUCAUCUGCUACCUGGUCAUUGAAGAUGCUGGACUUCCCGUCAUCUCCUGCGCGGUAAUCGAGAAAGCGAUGCCAGCGUGA